UUGGUUGGCCGAAACUUCAUCUUGCUUUUUAAACUUCAUCUUUCUUGCUUUUUAAACUUCAUCUUUCUUGCUUUUUAAACUUCAUCUUUCUUGCUUUUUAAACUUCAUCUUUCUUGCUUUCUAAACGUCAUCUAACUUGUUUUUUGUCCUCCUCAUCAGCACUGGAACACUUUAAACUUUGUGUGGGAAACAUUCUUUUAUUUUGGAGCGAAGGAAAGAAGAAAAGGACGACAAAGUGAACGUUGGAGCCACAUUUUGACUUUUGGACACAUUUUAUAGUUGAAUGUGGACUUUUCCAUCCCAUGCUGCCUUUAAACGUCCAUCUUGUUGAUCCCGCUUAAAACAUGUUCAACGGGAAUCAUCGGAGCAGUCCAGCACAGUCCCUCCAAGACCUUGGCGAGCGAGCCGAGUCGGACCACAGCGCCAUCGUCAGCUCUAUUGAGAAGGAUCUCCAGGACAUCAUGGACUCCUUAGCUAUGGACGAGCCUCAGUCCUGCUCCUCGGAGGACAAAAGGCCCCCCGGGGGACCCAUGGUCAAUGGGGGGGGCAGGUAUUUGCUGUCCCCCCUCACCAGUCCAGGGGCCAUGUCCAUGGGGUCCAGCUACGAAAAUACAUCGCCAGCCUUUUCUCCGCUGUCCUCCCCUUCAGCUGCCAGCAGCCCGUCUCCUGGUGCAGCCCCCCAGGACCAGGUGUCCUCUCUGCCUCCCCAGGACCAGGUGUCCUCUCUGCCUCCCCAGGACCAGGUGUCCUCUCUGCCUCCGGUGCCUGCACGGUCCUCCAGCUAUCAUUUCACCAGCCAGCCACCUGCGGUAGCGCAGCCACGGACCACCAACUGGGACGGUGUUGAAGGGAGCCCCGGGCUGCAGAGGAGGGUUUUAGGAGACGGUCUAAGCCCUAAGCCUAGUCGCAGAGGAUUAGGCCAAGACCUGUCUUCACAAGAAUGUCUCAGUAGCAGAACUCUAGUGCCAAGCGGCCUCACUUCCAAGCUGCAAACAUCUCCUUUUCCCGUGCCAUCUAGUUCUAGGACCAAGAUCACCAUAGUGCUUCAGGAAAGGCCUGCUAGUCCUUUGAAAAGGCAGACUCUCUCAACUGAUGGCUCCAGCCCAUCCAGGCAACUUUUCCAUCCUCCUCUGGCCUUUCAGCCUCCUCUGGAUCCUGUUGUCCAUGUCAUCCAAGGAUCUCCCGCCAGCCCCCGCAUGGCCAAGAGGAACCUAGAACCGAACAUGAGAGAACUUCCACCUCUAAGUCCCUCCAUCGCUCGAAGAGGCGGCCAAGCGGCCACCACGAAGGCCCCGGACAGCCCCUCAAGUCUGCGCAAGCCAACCCCAGAGAGUCUCCGGCUUCAUCGCAAGUUUGGAACCUUGCCUGAGGAUCUGACUGGCAGUAAAGGGAUGCGAGCUCGUAGUCCCUCCCCCACCUUUCCCAUGAAGGACGGUGGCUCACCAAAGGCCACCUCUGGACACGCCUUGUCACCUGCCUACAGUCUGGGUUCUCUUCCUGGCUCCUCCCCCAUGGCCAGUCCCAGGUGCACCAGGAAGAUCUCAGCGGUGAGGGAGAGGAAGAACAGCAUCACAGAGAUCAGUGACAACCAGGACCAGCUGCUGGACUAUCACCGCCAUCAGAGGGAUGAACGACUCCGAGAGCAGGAGAUGGAGAGACUGGAGAGACAACGGCUGGAGAGCAUCCUCAACAUGUGUGCCCAAUACAACCAAGGAGAGGAUCCACUGGGUCCCACGAGGGCAGGUUUCCCUGGGGGCUUCUUUGAAGGAUCACUGCACACCACCUCCACUGAUGGUGUCCUGGGAGGAACAUCUUCUCACCAUCUGGCACACACCACCUCCACUGAUGGUGUCCUGGGAGGAACAUCUUCUCAUCAUCUGGCACACACCACCUCCACUGAUGGUGUCCUGGGAGGAACAUCUUCUCAUCAUCUGGCACACACCACCUCCACUGAUGGUGUCCUGGGAGGAACAUCUUCUCACCAUCUGGCACACACCACCUCCACUGAUGGUGUCCUGGGAGGAACAUCUUCUCAGCAUCUGACACACAGACAGAGUGAGGAGGACAAACUGAAGGAGGAGUGGAGCAGUACAGAGAGCACUCAUCAGGAGGAUGAAGAUGGACUCCUUCACCUGGAGGAGGAGCGAGUCCGAGUCCUGUCCCGGAUCGAUGAAGUCCAAAGCCAGCUGAUGGAACUGGAUCAACAACUUCAGGAGUCCAAGCAGGAGGCUGAGAUGGAGCGUGCUCUGCUGCAGGGAGAGAGGCGGGCAGAGGUGGAGCAAAUAGAGGCGGAGUCAGACAUCAUCAAUCAACUUCAGCACAAACUAGUGCAGCUGGAGACUGCCAUCCAGCACGAGAGACACAAGGAGAGGUGUAAAGUGGAGGAGGAGCGUGGUUCCCUACAAAGACUACAAGAGAGUGUGAGUGAGCUGAAGAAGAAGCUGCAUGAUUGUCCUCAGUCUCUGUGCCAACACUUGCACGAAGAGUUGCAGAGGAAGGGAGAGGCGGUGGAAGCAGGAAGUAAGAAGUUUGAGGAUUUGGAGUUCCAGCAGCUGGAAAGAGAAAGUGGCCUGGAGGAGGAGAGAGAAAGUAUCAGCAAGCAGCUGCAGGACUUCCACUGCAGUGUGAGCACCAGGAAGGACAAAGUGAUGAGCCUGGAGAAGCAGGCAGAAGAAGUGAGUCUGCAGGCCAGUGAGGAGCAUCAGAGUGUGGCCGAGCAGAGAAGUGUGAAGCUGCAGGUGCUGCACAAGGAGAAGGAGAAGGUUGCUGCUCUGGAGAAGAAAUAUUGCAUCAUGACUGGAGGGAAGAAGCUUUCUUCUGCCAUCACAGAAAGCCCCCUGGUGGCGUGUGACAGCAGGGUCAGUGUGUCCAGGAACUUAGUAUCUACUCUGCAGAACAUCCACAACAACAGACAGCUCACCAUGCAGCAGAAAGGUCAUCAGGUGAUUGAAGAUCAGCGACGUCGUCUGUCUGAGUUGAAGCAGAAAGCGGCGCAGGAAGCUCAGUGUCAGUGGGACGCUCUCCACGGUUCACUUCCUCACCUGCUCACUUACACCUCCUGUAGCCCCGCCCCCUCACACCUGCUGCGCCACUCCAUCCUGCACCACCACCCCCCCUCAGCUGGAGACCUGCUCACCUACGACACACUCAGCCUCCACAGCUCAGACAGUCUGGAGACCUGCUCACCUGACUACUUGUCCAGUGUUGUAGGAUCCGAGCAGUUGAAGAUUGAAGAGAUGGAGAAGAAGCUGAAAGAAGCCCAGAUGGAGAAAGCAAGACUCAUUGAGUUUAGGGAACAGGAGACUGCUGCUCGCCUUCAGCUGCUGGAGGAAGAGAGGAGGAUGAGACAGGAAGUGGAGAGAAGACUGCAGGAAGAAAGUCAUCAUCGCCAGAAGUUGGUGGAAGAAGAAGUGAAGAUGAGAGCCAAGAACUUCUCUCAGGCUCGUCCAAUGACACGCUACCUGCCCAUCAGGAAGGAGGAGUUUGAUCUCCACGCCCACAUCGUGGCGUCGGGUCACAGCGUGGACACGUGUGGUCAUGUGACCGUGGCCGCCACUCUCUGCAGAGGUCACAUGGUCAAGAUGGGCGGGAACAUCAAGUCUUGGAAGAAGCGCUGGUUUGUCUUUGACCGCCUGAAGAGAACCUUCUGCUACUACAUGGACAAACAGGAGAACAAGCUGAAGGGUGUGAUCUACUUCCAGGCCAUCCAGGAGGUGUACUAUGAUCACCUGCGCAGUGCUACUAAGAGCCCCAACCCAACUUUGACCUUUUGUGUGAAGACUCAUGACCGUCUCUACUUCCUGGUGGCACCUUCUGCUGAGGCCAUGAGGAUCUGGAUGGAUGUCAUCGUGACGGGAGCUGAGGGCUACACACACUUCAUCUAGUGAGGGGUACACACACUAGUGAGGGGUACACACUAGUGAGGGGUACACACACUUCAUCUAGUGAGGGAUACACACUAGUGAGGGGUACACACACUUCAUCUAGUGAGGGGUACACACACUAGUGAGGGGUACACACUAGUGAGGGGUACACACACUAGUGAGGGGUACACACACUAGUGAGGGGUACACACACUUCAUCUAGUGAGAGGUACACACACGUCAUCUAGUGAGGGGGUACACACACAUCAUCUAGUGAGGGGUACACACAUGUCAUCUAGUGAGGGGGUACACACUAGUGAGGGGUACACACACUAGUGAGGGGUACACACACUUCAUCUAGUGAAGUGUACACACACUAGUGAGGGGUACACACACGUCAUCUAGUGAGGGUACACACUAGUGAGGGGUACACACACUUCAUCUAGUGAGGGUACACACUAGUGAGGGGUACACACACUAGUGAGUGGUACACACACUAAUGAGGGAUACACCGUAGUGAGGGGUACACACACUAGUGAGGGGUACACACUAGUGAGGGGUACACACUAGUGAGGGGUACACAUACUAGUGAGGGGUUCACACACUAGUGAGGGGUACACAUACUAGUGAGGGGUACACACACUAGUGAGGGGUACACACACUAAU